CAAAACUUUAUAUACAUUUUUAUAUAUACAUUAUACAUUAUAUAUAUAAACUUAUCUAUAUCUAUAUCUAUAUCUAUAUCGUUAUCUAUAUCUAUAUAUUUUACCACUGUAUAUUCUUGCUACUCCUCCUCCUACUAUUACUACUACUAUUAUUAUUAUUAUUCUGUUCACCUGUCACUUUUUCACCAACGAUCAGAUCACUCAAUGAGCCAAGAUCAACCUCAUGACACUCAUGGCGUAGAAGAACAAGCCCGAGAUACUCGUGCACGACAGUUACAGUCGUCUCGCCUUCGAAUUACACUUUUUAAGAACCUUCAGGUGGAAUCGGUUGGAGAACGACGAGAGGCACUUGAGAAGAUUAUCCAAGUCGUAAAGUCCUUUAUGCGCGUGGCUCGGUCGCCAUUUUCACCUCUUGCGGCCGAUCUAUCGCCGGUCGAACAUACCACAGCCGACCAGACCCGUGAAGAGAUGCGCAAAGAAGAAGAAGACGACGGAGGUACAGACGAACAACUGCAGUACCUCUUGCUGACCAUGCUCCGACUCUCCCUGACCUGUCCCUUUAGCGAUGUCCGACAAGCAUGCCAGGAAUUUCUUCAAAUUACAAACGUGUAUGUAGCAGCAGUAGCAGCAGCAGCAGCAGCAAAAGAUACACUACUUAUUCCAGCUCCUCGAGCCAGUUACCCUUCGCCGUCGUCAUUUAUUGGAUUGGAUGCCCUUUUUUCACUCGAGUCUACGAGCUCCUAUCCACUCGUCAGUUACCCGCGCCCAGCCAAUCUAUCUUUCUCACCGUGGUCGCAUGAGGCCGAGUCGGACGGGAUGGACGAGCCAUUUGAUUUUGUACGAUCCCAGUUCAGAGCACAGCGACCUCUGGACGGCGAAGAGAUCGGAAGACCUGCGGACGAAUAUGUGCGCCAACUGAUGGUCAAGACCUUUGUCGACGAAGGCCGUCUGCUAAACCUCUUUCGGCUCAUGGUCUUUUUCCCAACGUUUUAUGAAAUCUUUAAUGUGACGUACACCAAGACCGUCAAGUCAGCCAUCGGUCCACUGCACCGGACAUGGAAGUGUUACCUGGGCAUUAUGACGGCUGCUGAGCAGCAGUGCCAGUACUUGGUAUCUAUUUUGACAUUGGACUUCCUGCAGGCAGGAGGAGAUCCUUUGUGGCUAAAUGGAACUAGUUCAUGCCCACUCAAGCUCAGGAAGCUUGUGGGCCUGGUGCAAAAGAUGGCCCGGCAGCCAUGGAGGCUAAAGAGUGAGGAUCUUGCAGAGUGGAUGAGUCCAUCGGGAUCUUCGCUUGGACAGCAGUGGUCCAAGGGCGAAUUAGUGCAAGCAAUGCUGGUUAUCUCGACAUUUCUAGGAUUGAGCAGCUUUGUGAUGGGUUGUGGAAUUACCCCGGAACUAGAUAUGCGCGGAGGGUAUAUGACCCGGGGACAUGUCCGGCUCGAUGGAGUAGAGCAUGAAUUGGACCAGAGAUGUCCACCACCACCGCCUCUUUUGGGCCACUCGGAAGAGCGAGAGGCACGCGGAGCUGCAUCUUCUGCCACUGGCUGGCAUGAUGGAUCGCUAUCGAAUUCUUCGUCCCCAUCACUUCCGGGCACCGAAGAAGACGCAGAGGAAAAAAACGAGAAAGACGAGAGAAGAAAAGAUACAGAAGAUGAAAAAGAUGAAGAAGACGAACAGAGUUUGCAAGACAGACUCAGGACAGAUCAACUUAUAUCCCUUCUCAAGUCUACCAAGGAUACUGCCCUGAAAGAAGAGCUCCAGGAGAGUCUCGAGAAGCUACAGAUGGGUGAGCUCCAGGAGAGCUUGCCUAUAGUUACCCCAUCUUUAAAGCCCAAUUUGACCAUCACGACCAACAAUAUGGAAUCUUCUCACCAAGCUAACAUGGUAUAUGAAGAUCUCAGUCGAUUCUCAGACUCUGGAGAGCCCAAUGAACCUGCUCAUGAGGAAUUCAAAACUAAUCACCCUCAAUAUGGAGAAUUCAUGCUGGGAGAAUACUGCUGGGAAGAUCAUGGGUGUGACCUUGUCAACCACUUUUUACCAGGGAUUGGCGAUGAUCUUGACGAUGAGUUUAAUGAGGCCCUGAGUAUCACGGACUGGAGUAUUUUCCACCCAGUAGCCGACGGGGCUGUUGAUACGUCUCCUUUAAGACAUGCAAUUUGGUUUUAUGUACAAAAACUGUAUGGUGUCACCAAAGAAGAUUACAACUAUCCCGACAUUGCGUUGUAUUUGAAUACCCGUACCAAGGAAUAUAUUCGAAAGGUUUGCUAUGAGCCACACCUCAUUCAGCGCAUGGACUGGAAUUCGAUUGGAAUCUCCUUUAGACCUGAAGAGAAGUGCCACAUGAAUCUACUGAUCGCAUCUGCCAAGAAACAGGCCUUGUUGUGCUAUGGCCUAUGGUUGAUUUCCGAAGUCUAAAACAAAUGAAUAAAUACAUAAAAGAUAUUUAUACUAUAAAUAUUAUAUAUAUAUAUAUAUAUAUAUUACAUACUAAUAAUAAUGCUAGCAGCAAAAUAAUAAUGGUAAUAAUAAAUUAGCAGUAAUAAGACAUUUUGAUCUUU